UCACUUAAUAGAAUGCAAUGUAAACAAACAUUACAGUCGUGUAAUGUUGUGAUCCGAUGAUAUGUGCGCGUAUUGAAACAAUUGAAUAUCGUUGAAUUUUUUCUAAAUUGGUGAUAAAACCACUUAACAGAAAGUUUAAAUGUUACAUGAUAUAUCUAGAAAAAAUGACAUUAAUGAUGAUUAAAAAUAAAAAAAAAAUCUCUACAGUUACUGCUGAUAAUUUAAAAAUUAUUUGAGUUUCAUGAAAUUAUUAGUGUAUUCAUGAGUAGAAUUUCUUGUGGUUUGGCUGUAAUGGAAAUAAAAUAUUUACUCUCAGUGUUAAUAUUUUUAAUGUGCAUUCAUAAUAUCUUCUGUUUACUUGCAUACGAACCAAAAUAUGAAGCCAAUUGCUCCAAACUACUUAUGGGACAAUAUGUCUGUAUGCCACCUGAUAUUGAUCCAAAAACACAACAACCUAAAUCUUGUCAAAGAAAUAAUACAGCCAAAGUACUGUGCAAUACAAUUCCUGGAAUAAUUUGUAAAGAAGGAACAUCAAUAAAUGAAACGGCGUUUGAAAAAGAUAUUGAAUGUGAAUAUACAAAUGGUUAUUCAUAUGAAACUGCAUUAUUAUUAUCUCUCUUUCUGGGCAUGUUUGGAAUAGAUAGGUUUUAUCUAGGAUAUCCUGCUAUUGGUCUUGCAAAAUUAUGUACACUUGGCUUCAUGUUUCUUGGGCAAUUAAUUGAUAUAAUUUUAAUAGCCUUACAGGUUGUUGGCCCAGCAGAUGGAUCUCAUUAUGUUAUAAGUUACUUUGGACCCAAGCUUACUAUUUUGAGGAAAGACAAUGAUACAUUUGUUAUGCCCCAGGAUGAUUGGUGAUAUUAUGCUAUUGAAAUGACAUUUCAUCCCAAUUAAAUAAAAAUUUGUCAUUUUUUUUUUUUUUUUUUUUUUAUGAAUAUGACUGGAGACCCAAGAUUUGAAUGUUAUUUUACUGGUUAAAAAUUUGUUAAAUAAUUCAUUUUUUUUCUCUCUAAUUUUUUAAUUAAUUUUUAUUUCAAAAUAUUUAAAACACCUGUUCACUGUAUUUUGGCUAUGAAAAAUAACGUUAUCUAUGAUAAUUAUAUAAUUUCAUCAAAAUUUAUUUCAUUAAAAGAGAAUUUAAAGGCUGAUAAGUUUUAAAAUCGCAUCAUAUAAAUAUUCUAGAAAUUUAAAAGGAUAUAUAUGAAAAAUAUUUCCUGUAUU